AUGUCAGUUGAAACUGUUGUUUUGCGAAUUCACAGGGUCAAUGACUUGAAGACUGGUGCGCUGGUAGGAACUGACAAAUACGGAAACAAAUACUAUGAAGACAAAAGAAACUUCUUUGGUCGACACAGAUGGGUCAUCUAUACUAAUGAAAUGAAUGGCAAAAACACGUUUUGGGAAGUUGAUGGAAGUAUGGUGCCCCCUGAAUGGCAUCGCUGGCUUCACUGUAUGACAGAUGACCCUCCAACUACUCAUCCACCCGUUGCUCGUAAAUUUAUCUGGGAGAACCAUAAAUUCAAUCUGAGUGGCACUCCCGGGCAGUACGUACCUUACUCUACUACUCGCAAGAAGAUACAAGAGUGGAUCCCACCUACAACUGCCAGCAAAUAACAACAGAAAAUGUGACCUGCCUCAGCUUUGGCUUUCAGUGUAAAUCGUAUUUUCACUGGUUUUGUUCAAAAUAAAAGCCUCCUAUAACA